UUUCUCGACAAACAAACAAGCUUCACACCGUGUUUCUCGUUGAAGCCAGCUUCUUAAACAUAAAGCAGAGGAGACCCAGCUACUUUUGAAGACGAAGACCUUAUCUUCUUUUCCUCCUUUGAAAGCGACGGAAAUGGCGGAAAUUCCAAAGUUGGACUCAGGUUCUUCGUCCUCAGAACAGAACAGGGCGAACCAGAAAAUCUCAGUUUCAGAUCACAUGGACGCAUUUCAAUACACACCCGAGAAAUCUGAUAACUUUGUGAUUGACAUGGACGCCUUCCCUUCCACCAUCAAUAAAGAUAACAAUCCCAAUUCCAGAAUUACAUUGCAGAGGAACCUUUCCAGGAAAGGAUCUCAGCGUGGGGGCGACAAGAAGAUCAAUGGCAGUGCUGCCCUUCAUGAUAGGGAUAGUGUCCCUACAACAGGCUCACCUAAAGCUACUCUGAUGGGGUCUUGCACGCCUGAAAAGCCCGGGAUGGUGACCGUAGGGUCCACUGAUCACUCCACCAAUUCACAGGUCCAUCAUCAGAUUACCAUCACAACCAGCAAUAUCAGUACCACCGCCGCAGCCGCCACGGCCAUUGAAAGCAAAGGAGUAUCCCGGCGAAACAGUUUCAAGAGGCCUUCUUUCCGGAUCCUCGAUCCUAGGAGGGUUCUUCUGUUCUUUGCCACCUUGUCAAGCAUGGGAACUAUGUUGUUGAUAUACUUCACCCUUGCAAUGGGCAAGCAAAGUGAUGAAAAUGGGGUUGAUUGGCAGCAAUGAGAUAACCGGAGGACCAUGCAUCUGAAGUGAAGAUAUAUAAGUUAGAAACCAAGGAUUGAACAUUUACAAUACAAGUUUCACGGAAGGACAGAAAUUCUCAGAAGUCCUAGUUAACAACCAGCCAGUACUAGGAGCCAAUAAAAACAAAUCAAAACGGGUGCUUCAGUGAUAGUGGAACUCAUUGCCUCCCUGAACACUCGGUUUAACAGGUUUUCGUUGCUUCAUUCUACAGCCAAAUGAUACAUUAUGUGUAUCUAAAAAUUUUCUUGCAGAAGAAUUGCAGCUUAAGGCAGAAGAGGAAAUCAGUUCACCGAAGAUAAAACUGCUGGCGUUUAUAAGCCGAUGAAAUUUCUACAACCUUCUUGACGUCAAAAUCAGUUAACACUCAGCUCUAGGGAUUCAACUCUUUGGCGAAUUCAUGAUGUCAUUGCAAAGUCAUACUCACUUCCACUUAGAGGAAUGGGAAACAACAGAAGACGUGAAACAGAAUCCACUUAGAAAUAUGUCGUGUUUUUUAGUAUUGCACGGCUCAGUGAAGGAUUAGAGUGUCACUGUUCUCCUCUCCCUGGCCACUUUAUUUAGCCUUGCUUUUUCCUUCCUUGGAUCAUGCUGUUCUGUUCUUUUGUAUUUGGUUCUUACAUGCAAUCCUAAUCGUAGGUGCAAUUUUGAGCUUGUAA